AUGCCAAUGAGAGAACGAGAGUAUCCAUUCCUCUCGACGAACGAUUUGUUCAGAUAUCGUCGUAGAGGAGGCGUCGCUAAGCAAUCAAACCAUAACAGUAAUACCUGUAUUCGGCGCGAUGUGAUGGCCAAAAGUGGCUUUGUGCCAGCAUGGAUGAAAAUUCAGAGUUCAGAUAAAACGAAUGGCAGUACAAAAAUAACUCUUGAUCGCAAUAAUUACCAAUCACAAGCGUCAAAUCGAAGUGAAACAAGUUCAACAUCGUCAUCCCCGCCAACAAGUACAGGUCGACAACGACAUCAUUCGUCAGAUAUAUCCGAUCCGACGAUAACUCGACAAUCACCAUUUCAUUCUCAGCAAACCUUCGGUCAAACUCGGAACGGUUUUGGUGGACAUUCGGAGAGUUUCUUUACAUUUUCAUCAUCACGAAGGUCAUACAGUCGAGAACGCGCACCCAGUUCGUUUGCGAAACAUAUAGAAUCAUCAUCGAACGGUCAUGAUAAUAACAAUGGAUAUCGUUCAAUAAAUACUUCUCAGCGUCGUUUACAUUCCAUAUCAUCGUAUUCGAACGAUCGUCCAUUGUCCAAUAUUCGGCAUAAUUCUGUCAAUGAUGAUCGAGGGAAGAUCUUCGGAACUAAUGAUCAUGAACAAACAACAGACCCAUCAGGUUUUGACCGUCUCGAACAAGAUUUCCCUUCCUUAAAUGGUCGUGAAAAACACGACUCAUCAUCAAAUGAGCGUUCUUCAAAUGUGUGGAACAAUGCCGCUUCGAAAUUUCGUACAUCUCACAAUGAACCAUUUAAACCGUUCGAUCGUUCACUGUCAAAUAAUGUUCGCACCAUCGGCUCCAAUCGCAUAUCAACACGUAAAGAUCGCCUACUAAGUACACCAAAUGGUGUCAAUGGUACGUCAACACCACGUUCGAUAACAUUGGAAUUACAAACAAAUUGUAUAACACAAACGAAGAACUUGGAUAAACGCAGCGAUUUUUUCAAUUCAUUAAAAUACGGAGAGAAUAAAAAUGGAGUUAAACGUCAGUAUAAUCCAGUAAUUAAACCAACAACUCUUACAAGUUCAGAUAGAAAUGUCAAAGUAUCAAACGCAACGUUACUUGUUUUACCCAUGGUUGAAACACCUGAAGAGAAAGAAUUAUUAAUACGCAUGGGCUGGAACGAAUAUGACGAAGUCAAUUAUGAAAUUACAGAUAAAGAUAAGGAAGAAUAUGAAAAACAAAUGAAACUCUUACAUAAAACUAAUUACACAUCAGCAGCUUUAAUAUCAGCAUUAUAUCGUCGUGUAUUACCUUGUAUUGAUAUUCGAGAUCUCCUUCGAUUUGAAAUGAGCGAUUCACAUUCAGAUUAUGAAGAGUGCGACGAUUAA